AUGAUGAUUCAAGCCGCAGACAACGGUAGACUGUUCCUCGAACGUACCCUGGCGACGUGGACAGCCAAAGGUAACCUGAAAGACUUUGACGUUGCUGCAUUAACCUGUUACCGGGACGCGUAUUGCAGCGAGACCCGAAUUCAUACCACCUGCGAGGACUACAGGGCAGGGGCGUUCCUUGAUAGAGUGUACGAUGAGGAGGAAUUAGAAAUGGGUAGUAAGAUAGAGAAACCCUUGCUGGCCAUAUGGGGCAAGACAGGCUUAUUCGCAGAAUCGAUGGUUACGCAGGUUGAAGGCCCGUUAGAAGUAUGGCAGCGGUAUGCUCAAGAUGUGACUGGAAAGGCGUUGGAUUGCGGGCACUUCGUGCCUGAGGAAGACCCGGAAGGCUUGGUAGAAGCUCUUCUUGCCUUCUUGCUAUAG